AAGGCACUGUCUGAAUGAGUUAACGGAGCAUUGAGCUUAAGCAGAAAAGAGAAGAGAAGCUGAAAAGCGAUUUUGAGAUUAUGAAGAGAAUCGCGGUGAAUUGUGGAGUCACACCCCCUACUCCUUUUCACACACCUACUUGUACACAUUCCUAUAAUAACCGUUCUUCUCGUUUAAAGCUCUUCGCUUCUUCAUGGCUUCCACAUUAUUACCAUGCUACUCGUGACCACAACAAUACCUUCAUUGCUUCUGCUUCUUCCGUCUCUGGUUCAGAGCAGUUGUUGGAUGUGGGAUCAAAGAAGAAAAGGAGAGAGAUAGCUGGAAUAGACCAGGAUGAAUUAGUGGAUCCAAAGCUUUUAGCUGAUCCCGACAGUUGUUUUUGUGAGUUUAAAGGAGUGCAUAUACACCACAAGAUAUAUGAUUUUGAAUCCAAUUCCAAGGAACAAACCGUUUUACAGAAUCAGGCUUUAGUUUCUAAUCAAAUCAACAAGCUGUGUUUGCCUAUGAUUCUGUUACAUGGAUUUGGAGCCUCAGUUUUCUCUUGGAAAAGAGUUAUGAAGCCUUUGGCUGAGGCUACAUGUUCUAAAGUUCUAGCUUUUGAUAGGCCAGCGUUUGGAUUAACAUCUCGGGUCAACUUAUCUUCUGCAACAGGAGACGCUAAACCUCUAAAUGCAUACUCCAUGGCAUUUUCAGUGCUUGCUACCUUGCACUUCUUUGAUUUAUUAAAAGCUGAGAAAGCAAUUUUAGUUGGGCACUCAGCUGGUUCAAGUGUAGCAGUUAAAACAUAUUUCGAAGCUCCUGAACGUGUUGCUGCUAUAAUUUUAAUUGCCCCCGCAAUUUUUGCUCCACUUACUACACCCAAAGUUGUUAAAGAGAACCAACCAAGACAAGAUAAUGAAAUGAAAGAAGACAGCGGUUCUAUCAGAAAAAAUCCAUUUGUUGAACUUUACACAUCGUUGUCCAAGAUUAUCAAGAAUGUUGCAAUGACAAUAACAAAGAUGAUGAAGCCGAUGAUAGAUUUCCUCAACUCUUUGUAUAGGAAACUGUUAUCAGCUAUCCUGCUUUCUUCUCCUGCAAUAAUGUUGGUAAGAAUGGCAAUUGAUAAGUUUGGUACUGCUGCAGUUCGAAAUUCAUGGUAUGAUCCAAAACAGGUCUCUGAGCAUGUCCUUAGUGGUUAUACAAAGCCAUUGAGGGUUAAGGAUUGGGAUAGGGCACUGGUGGAAUUCACUGCUGCAGCGCUUCUGGAUGAGGAACCUAAUACAAAGCCAGCACUUUCUAAAAGACUUGGUGAAAUAUCUUGUCCUGUUCUGAUUGUAACUGGUGAUAGUGACCGAAUAGUUCCUGCAUGGAAUGCUGAGAGACUUUCAAGAGUCAUACCAGGAGCAUCGCUUGAAGUAAUUAAGCAAUGUGGCCAUUUGCCUCAUGAAGAAAAAGUGGAGGAAUUUAUUUCAAUCGUUGAAAACUUUCUAAGGAAAUUAGCGGGCGAUUCAAACGAACAAUAUCUACAACCUGCAGUAUGAAUUCCGUACUACUCAGGCUUCCUGUUUUACGUUACAGAAAAUCCAUAUAAUACAAAAAGAUACUAAUGCGAUUGAUCAUAUGGAGGAAGAUCAUUUAAAGGUGUACUGAUACAUACUCAUUAAAUUCACCAAGCAUGAUGAGACCAGCUAAUGAAAAGCUUGGAAGUGGAAAAGUGCCUAUAAAUUUUAUAGUAGAUUACAUUACAUUAUAGUGCUAGCCUGUUAAAGUCCUUGAAGCUAUCUUCUUUAUGUGUUAACCUGCCUGAAUGAUCCUUGUCUUCAUUUAUGGCAUAGGCUGUGUGCUUAUAUCAUAGAGGUCUCGAAAUUAUGUAUUUAAGUAUGUAAUUAUGUAGUUAAUUUCUGUAAAUGGAUAACUGCAGGGAGUGAAGUUGAAUAUCCGGUCAUUCAAUUUCCUGAGUUGCGGUUUUUAUAUUAUAUACAAUAAAGUAUCGUUAA